ACAGAUGCCUCAGAGGUAGGGAUAGGUGCUGUGCUGUCCCAAACCAGAGAUGGGGACGAACACCCUAUCAUUUAUUUGAGUAGGAAACUCAAUGAGCAUGAAAAAAGGUAUGCCAUUGUGGAAAAGGAGGGUUUGGCCAUUAAGUGGGCACUAGAUACCUUGAGAUAUUACCUCUUGGGUAGACAAUUCAGACUAGUGACAGACCAUGCCCCUUUAAAAUGGAUGUAUGUAAAUAGAGGCAAGAAUGCUCGUGUAACUAGAUGGUUUCUAGCGUUGCAGGACUUUAAGUUUACUGUCGAACAUAGACCGGGAACACAAUUGGCCAACGCAGAUGCAUUGUCUCGCAUCUUCUGUUUGGGGGCUACAAGUGUUCUGGCCCCUAGGUCGAAACAGGGGAGGGGGAUAUGUGACAAGAACACUGGGAUAGUGUUUGAGGGCAGGUAUAUUUGUCCCAGGUUCUUGUCUUACAUGUUUUAGAAAAUGUUAACUUCUAGGAAAAAUGCUUUUUGUUUUGUCUGAACCUUUUCAGUUUGCUGUAAAAGCUGGGUAAAGGCUCUGAUAGAGAGAUAAGGCGAGUUCUAGACAUUGGGCCCAGUUCGGGUCUUUGGCCUCACAGAGGGCUAAUCAGGGUUUCAGCUGUGUAAGAGUGAUAUAGUGCUUCUAACCUGAUUAGUAUGGGCAGACUGCCUGGGAAGGCUGAGGGAUCUGUGUGUGAGAGACACGCUUUCUGAUGCAAGUUCGACUGUGGUGGUGGUGGUCCCGUCAUCUAACAGUGCUUUCAUUGGGUCAACUACUCUCCUGCCCUGCUCCUUCACGGUAGACAGGUCCCCCCUGCAGAUGACAUUUCUCGCCAUCUUGUGGUACUAUGGAGAUAAGAUGCUGCUGAGAUAUGACAACAAAGGCAUGCUUCCCAGCGCCAGAAUGUCCAUCGAUCAGCAGGCGGUCACCAAGGGAAACGCCUCACUGUCCAUACACAAUGUGGCCAUCUCUGACCAGGGGACGUACAAGUGUAUAAUCAUUUACAGCCCGGACAGACAAGAGAAGGAGAUCGUAUUAAAGACUCAAGCUGCUCCUGUGGUAAAGAUAUAUAAGAGGACUCUGCAUAAAAAUAAGGAAAAUCGUUUGCUGUGCUCGAUUGCGGAUUUCUUCCCUAGAGAUGUUAAUGUGACGUGGCUCAGGAACGGCCAGGCUCUGACGGGAUCAGUAAUGGAGAAAUAUCAGAUGAACGCAGACGGGACCUACAAUGUAAACAGCUCAGUGUCCAUCACCCCCACCCAGACUCACAACAAUACUGACAUUACCUGUCAGGUGGAACACGAAUCUCUCCAAAAUCCUAUCCAAGAUAACUUCACAGCGGACUUUGGAAUGGCACCUAAGGUUGAACUCCUCUCUUAUAACAAUGGUAAUGAGCAGACUUUUGUGUGUGAAGCUUUGAGUUUUGCCCCUGAAGCUGUGAAAAUCAGCUGGUUACUUGACGGGAAAGAGACGGAGUCUUCCAGGAGGAAUGCAGAUGGCAGCUAUAAUAAUUGGCAACUUUACCGGAUAGAUGGGAAUCGGGCAGAAGGAAAAAAAAAUAUCUCAAAUAUCUCUUGCUUGGUGGAGCAUGAAACUUUGGAAAAUACUCUAACUGAGACAUGGACCAUGAAAGCAACACUGAAUAGUGAGAGAGUCUCCUGUGCAGGCGAUAUAGUGACGGCCAUAUUUCUGACCAUGGUUAUAACACUUGGUGCGGCGGCUGCAGCCUUGUGGUUCCUCAUCUAUAAGAAAAAAUAUUUCCAGGAGUUCCAGGUGAGUCCCAUCCACAAGACACAGAGGUGGGCUGAUGAUGACAAGGAGACCUUCUGUUGUGUGGCCUCCAACUGCCGGAAGGACAUCCAGGUAACCUGGACGGUGACGGAGGAUGGUGGAGAGAAGGUCACAGUCUCGGACAGUCAGACGCACAGUGAUGGAGAAAGUGGCCGGUUACUCAGCACUUACACUGUGAUAACAGACCAGUCACAGGUGGAUGGGUUAUACAAUGCUAUCAGCAGACUGAGCUUCACACCAACGUUAUCCAAACACAAGAGGAUGGAGAUUGCCUGCAAGUUCCUCUGCGAUGGGAAGUCAAUGGAGAAACAUAUGCAAUGGGGCCUUACUAUAUUGAGACCCCGGCUAUCUGCCCCUAUACAGCUGUCCCUGUGUGACUCCGGGGAUAUCCUGUGCUCUAUGGCUCUGGAGAAGUUUUAUCCCAGGGAUAUCCGGAUAACAUGGAGCUGCGGAGUUGGACAUUACCAGGAGCUGGGAACCGCUACAGACAGAAUUAUAAAACAUACUGACUACACGUUUAAUGCUGGAAGUGAAUGCAGAGUUCCCGGACAUCUCUUCAGGGAUCCAGGAUUCAGAGUCCGUGUGACGUGGAGACAUGAGUCUAUGGAUGAGGCGGAGUCCCGGGAAGUGUGUGUAACAGACCUUCCUUGGCGCCCAGUGAUGGAUGAUAUCGUAACACCAACAUUAUUACACAGCACAGAGGCCAAACUGCAGUGCAGAAUCCGGGGGUACUACCCGGGUGACCUGGGGGUGACGUGGAUGAGGAGAGAAGCUGGAAAGCAGGAAUUGUAUGAGGUGUCUCCCAGUGACAGAUACAAGAUCCCAGUAAUGGAGAUCACACAGGAGCCUGAUAAGACUUACACCUGCACAGCCAGCCUGAUUGUAGCUGUGUCAGCGGUAACGGAACACGGGUCAGAAUUCAUCUGCCGGGUGACGCACCCCACUCUGGUGACCCCACAGGAGAAGAGGACGGGAGAGCUCAGGGUGACAGGGAUCCCGGCUGUGAGGAACGUUCUCCAGGACGGCGGAUACAUUAUACUGGAAGUGGACAGUUAUUACCCACAAGAUCUUGGAGUAUCCUGGGGAAAAGGUGACAGUGAAUCAGGCCCAUAUUACAGGAUCCUAGACUCUGAUAUUGAAAACAGUUCAUGUGUGAGCAGUGACGGCACAUACAGGCUUGUCAGCGUAUGUGAGGCCAUGGAUAUGGGUGAUAAGAUGAAUCCGAGUGACAUAUAUUUUAAGGCCACUGUGGAACAUGAAGCUCUGAAGAUGCCAGAAGUGCUCCUCUUCUUACGCCGCGCAAGAAUAUUUUAUUUAAUAUCAGAACAAGGAAAAAGACCUCUACAGAAAGGUGAUCGGAAGACAGUGGCCAAUCCCACCUCCAAUCACCAUCCCAAAUCAGAGGACGGUACUGAAGCAAAGGAGUCUGAUAAGAUCCCAGUCUGACAGAACAUCAUUAGUACUGUAUUAUUACUGAUACAGGAGUAAUAUUAAUGGAUACUCACAACAGAAGGAAGCCGGUUAUAGGUAUCCAGCCACCGCUGUCCGUGUGUGCAGUGAGCUGUAUACUGACAUCUACUGUAUGACUGACGGAGGACUCCUUACACAUGCUCAUGUACUUUACUUGACAGACACCAGUUCCCAUAAUAUGGAAUAAAAGGAGCAGGAAGUAUUGCGAGUUAUUCUGACAGUGCCACUGAUACUUCUGGUGAAAGACUGACCACGGGGACAAUGACAGUGUGUAAACGCUGGGUCUGGGAUAUGACCCUCCCUAUAACAGAGCACCUGGACUUAUUGCUCCGGUUCCUCCUGCAGACAGGUCUGGUAUUGGUGCUAGUCUCCUGAGACACUUUUGUUCCUGCCUGAUACUGAUGAAGGAAACACAGCAAGCAAGACUGGUCAGCGUGGCUCCAUUGACUGGGGCAGGUAUUGUCAGUUGUUGUAAGACCUGCUGACUGGGUCUCUAGAGACAUCCUCAAUAAAAGAUAUAACUUUA